AUGAUUGAAAAAUAUGAUUUUACUCUGUCAUCAUCAUAUAAUAAUGAGCUUUCAAAACAUAGCUGCAUUUAUGGCAAUGAUAUGGCAACAAAUGUGUAUAUAAAUGAUGUAAAUGAUGCUAUAUGUACAGAAGAAAAGGCUGAAAAUACCAAUUUAGAUAUAAAAAAAAUCAAAGAAAGGAGCAAAACUAUGAAAGAAAUAGAGCAACUAAAAAAUAUGAGUGAAAAGUUGCAAAAAUCUUCAUACAAAUUCAGUCCAAUUGAUAAUACUGUAGAUAAAGAAUUGACUAGAUCCUGCUGGACGAGAGAAGAAAUCGCAUUAUUUUGCCUAAGAAGUAUGAACAAUAAUGUAGAGAAAGCAGUCAAGUCUUAUAAAUCUUUUACAACAAUGAUGUGUAAGUUUAAUUCAAAGAAUGGAAAUGAGAUUGAUAUUCAUAAUCCAGCAAUAUUAUCUCAGUUACGCACUGGAAAAGUAGUAAUAUUUGACAAAUUAGAUCUUCAUGGCAGACUUUUGGUUAUAAUUAACCUUCAUCACCACGAUCCCAGGUUUCAAACUGUCGAUGAUUUAAUACUUUUAUUUGUUUUUGUUUUAGAAUUGAUAAUGAUCGAAAAUCCAUAUGAAUAUGCAGCAGAAAGAAAUGGAUUAAGCAUACUUAUUAAUGCGUCAAAAAUUGGAUUCGGUGAUUUUAGAGUUGAAUAUUGUCUACGGAUUUUCCAAUUAAUUAUGAAGAGCUUUCCAAUUAAAAUUGGGCAAGUUUUAAUGUUUAAACCAAAUAGGCUUAUUAAGUUUUCGAUAAAGUUAGCUAUUAUUACAAAAAAAAAGUUAAAAAAAAAGUUUCAAAUAAUUAACAAAGUAUUUGAAUCACCAGAUUCUAUUACAGACUUUGAUGCUCUUUCUCAUUUUAUAGAUAGAAAUUACAUUCCCAAGGAAUUUGGUGGAAAACAUGAUUUUAUUUCUGACAAUUUCUGGGAACUUAAGUAUCAAGGUCACAUGCUUGCUGAAUUAAUACAAAAACGUAAAGUUUCUACUAAAAUUCAAGAGCCAACAAAAAUGCCUACAAAUUAA